CCGGCGUCGUCGAGCUGCUAGAGUCUCUCGCUGGCCCCGGGAGGGGGACCCAGGAUCCAGCAUUGGGAGGCACAUGCUUGCUUCUGGCCAGGCCGAGGUGGGGAACCGCUUGACAGUGGUCGCUGCUGUCUGAAUCAGCUUCUGGCCUAAAGCUUCUUCCCUCAAGCCGCUUUUGGAGUCAAAAUCUCCCCUAGGAAGUCCAUUUCCCUUUCUGACCUCCCAGGAGGAUGCUAGGGGAGGGGUCAGGUUUUUGUACGAGGGUUGGGGUGUGGUUAGGUGUCCCCUCCUCUAUUCCCUACAGUCCAUCCUGCUGGUUCCUGUCUACUCCAGCUGCCAGUCACAUCAUGACUCAUCUUGCUGCCUGAGAUCUUGCCCCACUGGCUCAUUCAGCCCUAGCACUUCGUGCCUCAGAGGGUCCUUCCUGCCUCUGGCCCUUGCACACUCUGUUCCUGCUGCCAGGAGUUCCCUCCCCACCCCCAUUGGCACCGAGUUAGCACCUAGCGGAAGUGACCCAUCAGACUAAGUCAGCGUUUCCUAGUUUAAAUGCUUUCUGAGUCCCUUGUACUUGUGCUGUCAUCCCAGUUGUAAUUUUGGUUUGUUUCCAUGGUCAGUUAACUUUCCCCCACUAGGCUGCUCCAAGAAGGUAGAGUCCUUGUGCGUUGUUCAGUACCACAUCCCUAUUGCGUAACCGAGUGCCUGGUACACGUGGCAACUACCCGUUACAUGUUUGUGGAGUAAUUCUUCCAUGUCACACUCUCUGAAAGAUGAAUGAAGCUUCGGAGGGCAGAUACUGUAGUGCUACCGCCAUUUUGGCCCCACUGCAAGUCCCUGCCAGAGAACACUUGGAGUUGGAAGUAAAAGAUUGGAGGAUACGGUACCCCCUCGAUUAGUCUGGAAGUGAGACGUUGGGGCCUCCAGGAUCGUGACCUCUGACUCUGGUAACUGCCAACAGGGCUCUCAGCCAGGACACGUGGAUUCCCACCCACCAAGCCUCAUGGAGGCUGUGACAUUUGGUGAUGUGGCCGUGCACUUCUCGCGGGAGGAAUGGCAGUGUCUGGACCCCGGCCAGAGGGCUCUCUACAAGGAGGUGAUGCUUGAGAACCACAGCAGUGUGGCUGGACUAGCAGGAUUCCUGGUCUUCAAGCCUGAGCUGAUCUCCCGGCUAGAACAGGGGCAGGAGCCAUGGGUCCUCGACCUGCAAGGAGCAGAGGGGAGAGAGGCAGCCAGGACCACCCUGACAGAUUCUACAGUUGGGACUGAUGGUGAGCAGGCCUGUGAGGACUUGGACAGUCUUAAAUCAGAAUCCGGGGGGGUCAUGGUCAAAACCUUGCCCCAGGACUUUCCCCAGAGUCCUGGCUUUGGAGAUACCUCAGAUCCUGAAGUCUGUUCACAGAGACAGCCAAGCUCCCUCUUCCAUAAAAACUUCUUGAACAUGGGGACCACGGCUCCCAGGAAGGCCUUCGCCGAGGACGAGUUCCAGGGUCAUGGUGAGCGGGGGAGCAGUGGCCGCCUGGGUUGUCAGCCUGAUCAAAGUCAGGGGUCCUUCCGAAGGUGUGAUGUAUGUGGCAGGAGCUUGCGAUCUCCUUCAGAUGUUGCUCUGCACCAGGAAAUGAAUACCCAGCAGAAACCCAACAGAUGCCAAGAGUGCCAAAAAAAGUUAUCUGAUUGCUUUCAGGGGAGACAGCCGAGUACCUUGUCUGGAGAGAAACCGUAUGAAUGUAGAGAGUGUGGGAAGGUCUUCAGGUUGUGCUCACAGCUUACUCAGCAUCAGAGGAUCCACACUGGAGAGAAGCCGUUUAAGUGCACCGACUGUGGGAAGGCCUUUCGCCUGAGCUCAAAACUUAUUCAGCAUCAAAGGAUUCACACUGGGGAGAAGCCCUACAGGUGCGAAGAAUGUGGAAAAGCCUUUGGGCAGAGUUCCAGCCUCAUCCAUCAUCAGAGGGUCCACACGGGAGAGAGGCCCUAUGGCUGCCGGGAGUGCGGGAAGGCCUUCAGCCAGCAGUCUCAGCUGGCCAGGCACCAGAGGACCCACACGGGAGAGCGGCCCUACCCGUGCCCAGAGUGCGGCAAGGCCUUCAGCCAGAGCUCAACCCUAGCUCAGCACCAGCGGGUGCAUGCUGGGGAGAAGGUUGAACUCCCGAGAACCCCGGAGAGUCCCAGCCUGGGUGCACGUCAGAGGAUGCAUGCUCCCGAGAAGCCAUUUAAGUGUGACGAAUGUGGAAAGGCUUUCCGGUGGGUCUCCCGCCUGAGUCAGCAUCAACUGACACACACUGGAGAGAAACCUUACAAAUGCAACAAGUGUUCGAAAGCCUUUGGUUGCAGCUCACGACUUAUUCGCCACCAGAGAACUCACACUGGAGAAAAACCGUUUAAGUGUGAUGAGUGUGGGAAAGGCUUUGUCCAGGGCUCACACCUCAUUCAGCAUCAGAGGAUUCACACCGGGGAGAAGCCUUACGAGUGCAGUGACUGCGGGAAGGCCUUCAGCCAGAGCUCGAGCCUCAUUUACCAUCAGAGGAUCCACAAGGGGGAGAAGCCCUACGAGUGCCUCGAAUGUGGAAAAGCCUUCAGCAUGAGCACACAGCUCACGAUACACCAGAGGGUGCACACGGGUGAGAGGCCGUACAAGUGCAGCGAGUGUGGGAAGGCCUUCAGCCAGAAUUCUACCCUUUUUCAGCACCAGAUUAUUCAUGCUGGGGUGAAGCCCUACGGGUGCAGCGAGUGUGGGAAGGCCUUCAGCCGGAGUUCAUACCUGAUCGAGCACCAGAGGAUCCACACUCGUGCCCAGUGGUACCGUGAGUACGGGGGCACCCUGGAGGCUUCCACCCACGCGAGUCGGAGGAGAGUUAAUACUGUAAAGAAACUUCACAAAUGUAAUGAAUGUGAGAAAAUAUUCAGAUGGCGGUCACAUCUCAUUAUCCACCAGAGAAUUCACACUGGAGAGAAACCUUACAAAUGUAAUGAAUGUGGCAAAGCUUUUAAUAGGAGCUCAAGGCUUACUCAGCAUCAGAAAAUUCACAUGGGCUAGACCACUUACCUUUACAAAUGUGUAUAAAUGUGAAUAAACCUACAGCCUUAACUUAUUUGACAUGGGAUCUUUUACACUGAAGAUGUAGAACACUGGGGAAUAUUCAGAAUUGCUCUCUUAGGGAGUGUUGAGAUUCACACGUGGUGUAUGUUUUUGCUGGCACGUUUGACCUUAUCCCCUUCAAUAAAGCUCGUGUCUCUUACAUCAGGGUGACACGUGUAGCAUUUGAGUUCUCAAAGGGAUGACCCUGGGCCUUACAGAAGAGGCAUGAGAAGAGCCCCAGCAGCCCCACCAGAGGAGUGGUAUGAAAGAUGUUUCCCAGGACGUCUUCCUUAGGCCACAGGUACUCAAGACUAGCUUCUGCAGCAGGGAUGUGUUUGUGCAGGGCUGCUGGAGGGGUACCCGGGCUCCCCUUUUGCUCUCUCCACCGGAUACGCCUCGCAGAGCAGCCCUUCUCUUCAGGGAGGCGCUGGGUCCAUGCAGGCAUGCCAGGAGCAGCACCCAGGGCUGGGGACAGUGUCCCUGGCCUGCUGUAAGUCCAGAACCCAGUGUCCUCCCCGAGCGUUGUCUUACAGUGGUUACAAGAAUGAAAGAGCAGCCCUGAGGACGCCACCAGAGGCAUAUCCUCAAAACACCAGCCACAUGGACCACCAGAACUGGAAGGUCUGCAAGCAGACGCGUGAGCCGGUGCCUUUGCCCAGGCCGAUGGCUGGUGGAGACGCCUGAUCACCAGGAUCAGCAUUGGGAUGUGGCCUCACGGGCCCCACAGGUCCCAGGGCAGAGGGCCUGUGGGUGCCGAGCACUGGGUGCCAGUGAGCAAGCCCGCUCUCCUGGCAUCGCCUCCUGCUCAGGUUUUCUCUGCCAGCAUGGCCUGGUUUGGGUCGAGUGGUCAGAGCACGUGGCCAUCUUGUCACCAGCAGGAGGAACGUGCAGGGAACAUCACUGCUUUGGUUGACUGACAGGCUGGGCUGCAGAGCGGCUCCUGGAACAGCUCCUCAAGGCCUGCGAGCCGCAGGAUGAGGCUGACGUGCAGCAGUGGCUCCCGCACAGCCUGGGCCUCUGGGCUGUGCAGGGCGACUCAGGAUGACGAGUGUCACCAGCUGCUACCCAGGACCAUCCCAUGAGACCUGGCGAUCUUUGGCACCAUUGCUGAUAAUCACAGGGCAAAGGGCUGUCUCCCAUGGAGGGGCCACUUCUCCCAUGUCCAACAGGUGACCCUGAGGUCACUUGAGGACUUUUAUUGCAACAGGACUUGGGUUAUGUCACACAGGUUGGGUUAAGCCCAGGUUCGCCUUGUGUGACAUAGCCCAGUAGCAGCCUGUGGGUUUCUCUUGAGAACAAGUGCCAGCCACUCCAGGUGCCUAGAGAGGUUGGGACAGCAGAGUCCAGGAUGUUCUCAGCAAGUAGAUAGGACUCAACUCCCCAGCAGCUCAGCCUGAUUGGCUGCUUCCCUGGCACAAGGUGUGUAGGUCGCAGCGCUGUCUUGGGACAAGGACUGCCCUGCCUGCACCUUCGGUAUGCUCCUGCCCUGGGUGGGGUGCACCGUGCAGACAGUGUGCUCUGCAGCAGCUGUAACCCCCCACUCCACCUGCGCUUGUGUCUGAAAGUCUGUGCAAGAGGGCAGGGACCUCUCCAGACGCCAGAGGUUACGUCUCCACCUCAGCUGCUGUGCUCAGCCAGGUGGUCACUGCUUUCAGAGCCGGGCAAGGUGGGCCCCUCUAAGUGGGCCAUAUCUUAGGCCUUUUGAGCCACCUAACAGUGGGACAAGAUCAAGGUCCUGGGUGGCCAUGCCACACCCCCACCCUCUGCUGGUGCUAGGAAAGUGUCCCAAAAAGGAGGAGUCCAUAAGGGAGUCCUACUGGCCACUCCUGGUAAUGACGCACAAAGGGGUGUAGGGCCCCUGGACUCCAGGGUCUGCACCACAGGAUGCUUGUCUUUCCUGACAGCACUUGCAGGCCAGCCAAAAAGGGCCAGAGGACGCAGCCUUAAACGCACUCUAGCACCUGGACUUGGAAUCAACAUGGUCCUGUUGGGGGCUGGCCCACUGUGUGCCCCGCGGGCCAAAUGCAGGCCUGUGCCAACGUCUGUGAAGCCUGGUGAUCAGCCUGAGGACAGUGGCCUGGGACCUCCACAAAACCUGAGCUGGAGUCAGUCCUGUAAAUGCACGCAUGUCUGAGAAAUUAAUCACAGACAGCCAAGGAGGCUUCGCCAAUACGGCAGUUGCUUCCAAUCAGACAGCCUCCUGGUUUUGCUUCCAGGCUGGUCAGCAGGGCUGCUGACCGCGUGGGCUUGAUGCUGCUCACAAGCCAUGUGUGCUUGAAUCACCUUCAGAGUGCUCAUGUGCCCGUUUACCUUGUGACAGGCGUAAGAACUAAGAAGGGUUUUUACAUUUUUCAGUGGUUGGGGGUGACGUGGGGAAAGACUAUUUUGUGACAUUUGAAAAUUAUAUUGAAAUCAGAUUUCAGUGUGACCAAAUAAAGGUUCUUGGAACACA